AUGCCAUGGGUAAAGUAUGAUGGCCUGGUGCAAUGGCAUAGCUGGUCAUCGGUGUGGUGUCCCGAGGCCAAGUCCUGGGCACACUCCCAUCAAAAGAAGAAGCCGGCCCCCGUUCCGGAUGGGGCCAGCCAGGCCGGUUCCAAGGCCAAGUUUCUUAAACCGGCGCCAAGGAGGAGUCGACCAAGUCAGCUCCACGAUGCCCCGGCGCUGCUUCUUUUGGCGGGGCUCCAAUAUCAACAUUCGAAGAGAAAGGUGGCGUGCUUGUACGAACUACAGUGUUCGGCUGCUCAAAGGUCAGCAAGAAUUAAGGGAAAUGUCAGAUUGGCAUCAACCAUCAAAGACCAACAUGCACCCGUACGUGUCAACCAAGACACAGCUUUGGGACUGCUAUCCUCGAGGCUUCCAGCAAUUCUCAAGACCAACACCCACACCGAAGCAGAAACAGACGGACCUUUAGGCUCGAAAUCCCUGCAAAAGGGAAGCCUCUGUCUAUCCCCUGCCCAAGGCCCUUCUGGCAGGCUAACAGAGGGUUGGGCUGGGUCUCCCCGACAGUUGCAGCAGUUCUUGACAUGA